CCUCGAGAACCACCAUCGGAUAACACCUCGAGCGCAAUCAACGGUUGGAUUGUCCUGCUCUUGUCGACGAAGGACAUACAAACGGAAAACCACAGUAAGUUUGCCAGAAGGAUCAUAAACAGUUCACAAGUCAAUAGUAUUCUAGGACCUUCCCCCGAAUUAGCAGAAAAAUAAAAAGAGUUGCCCAGGAACACAUGAGUGAAAUUGCCCAGAAUUAGAUGUGGUCAAUCAAUGAUGAUCCUAUACGGCAAAAUUAACAGGGAAUACUCCACCUGUAU